GUGCUGACACAGAGUUUGCAGUUCACAAUAAUACAUUUGGCUAUUAAACACAGAAUGUCACGCAAUAGCCAAGCAGAGUUCGUCACACUGUGCGUAUUCACGUAAUCCUCUUUGGCAGAACGGCAAGUUUGUAUUUAGGCAACGACUCUUCGGCUCCAGCCAGACUCCGUCUCAUAAUGAAUAGUGUAAACCGUGCUCUUCUUCAGACCAAAGUCCUGAUAAAGUUCAGUGAGCACCCCUCUUCGGCCGAUGCCAACAUAGUCCUCCUAAUCGCCCAAUUCUUCAACCGAGUCCAGAAACGCGGGGCCAGAAGAAUGUUGAAGAGUAAAAUGUGGCAGUUGACAGCCAUAUUAAUGCUUAUAUCUGAUUGGAGUCAGUGCAUCAAGUCACAAGAAAUUACAGUGGAUCCUCCUGAGAACAUUGGGAUUGAUGACCCUGGCCACCUCGGGCCGCUCUACAUCUACUGGACGGCUCCAACCAGCCUGACCAACCUGACUGCCUGCUCCAUGAGAUACCAUCUGGAGUACUUCAACACAUAUCAGAGCAGAUGGACUGUGAUCAGGACUGUACGGACAUGGUACCGUGCUCAGUUUGACCUGGAGAAGGAGGUCAGGGUGCGGAUCUCCACCUUACUGAAGGGAGCCUGCACCAACGGCACUGAGCUCAAGAGCCCCUUCACAGAGAUGGUCCUGCCACCCAAUAACACAGGCCCAGUUGGCUCCAGGGUCCAGGGGUUUGGCUGUGUGUUUUAUCAGAAGGAGUUCAUGGAGUGCACCUGGGAGACGAGCUUGGAGGAGCCAACCCCAUCCCAGUACAGCCUGUACUAUUGGCAUCGGGAGAUGGAGCAAGCUGAGGAGUGUCCUCAGUACAUCCACUCCAAUGGGGUCAGGACUGGCUGCAAAUUCACAGAGGAAUCUCUCCCAGAAUUCAGUGAUUUCAACAUAUGUAUAAACAGCUCUUCUCCCAAGGUGGUCUUGAGGUCGGCGUUCUUCUCCCUGCAAAUUCAGAAUUAUGGUACUUCACAACAAGUGAAACCUGCAGCCAUUGAGACAGUGCAUCUGGAAGCUAGUCCAGACAGGAGGCUCCAGGUGCAGUGGGACUUGCCCAACGAGAGGAUUCCCAGGCACUGCCUUGAGUAUGAGGUGGAAGCCAGAGAGGAGGGCGUAGGCGGGCAGCUGUUGUUGCAGCAGAGGAAUGUAACCAAUGAGAUGACACUGACUUCCCUCUCAAUGGAUGGCGCCCAGAGGAAGUGCUUCCGGGUCAGGUCUAGGAUGCACCACUACUGUGCUGACAGAGGCUUCUGGAGUGACUGGAGCCGUUGGUCCUGUCACUCAGAUACAGAGUCAGAUGCUGUGGUGGGCAGUGCCGUGAUCAUCGGGAUCAUCAUCUCUGUGUUGAUCCUGUCUCUGUUUGGGUGGGCACUAUGGAGAACGUGGAAAGCCAGAGAGGGGGAAAGGAUGCCUUUCGGUCCUCUGCACAAACUGAUGGAAUAUUCCAAAGAACUCUCUGCUCACAGUAAUUUCAAUAAAACAAGAGAGAACCAGUAGUAUGGCUUUUGCAAGCAUUACCUUUGGGCAGAAAAAGGAUAAAGAGAUACGAGUUAGACAGGUGUUCACACUUAUUUGAAACACCCAUGCAAACAUGCUCAAACACACACAAGCACACACCCAUGCACAGACACAAAAGGAGAGACAGUAAAGCACUGUGUAAUUUCAUAUUCAAUACAGAAUUGUCUUGACUUGUAUGCUGAUAUUCAUCUCUUAUGCAUCGAUAUGUUACUCAGUAGAAUAUGAAGUGUUCUUACCAAACCGUUUACGUAAUGUAAUACUCCAGGGUUUACUUUACACAGUAUAGACUUAAAAAAUGCCAUAGCUCUUUCUGGUUUGUUUACUUUCCACAUGUCUUUCAUUUAUAUCACAAAUUAUACUUAUUGGAGUCGGUUUUUGUAGUUUUAGUUUGAUGCCAUUGUAUCCAGUCGAAUGUAUCUUUUAAGUGCUUUGCAUAGAAUUCCCCGGCCUGUUAAAAUUGAAUGCAUUGGAUGGUGUUGAACUUAUGUUAUGUUUAAUACAUUUUUUUGCUGCUCUAUAGCUAUAAAGAUGUGUUGUUUUGGUAUUUUUUUUACAGUCUUGUAUUUGCAGUGAUUGUUGUUUCAGAGACCUUGAGAUGUAUGUUAUUUGGCCCCAUCAUGUGGCCAGUCAGGAUGACUGUCCUCCAAGUGUAUAUUGUUGCUCUUGCAAUGAAAGGUUGCUGAACUGUCUUAUGGAUGUAUUUAUAUCACGAGCAUGGAGAAAUUAAAAGCAAUGGAAGUUG